AUGGGUCGGCCUGGGGAGGGCAUGUCUCAGCGGCACGGCCGCAGCAGCCGCAAGGCUGAAGGGCCAGCGACUCAGCCGGCAGCCAACAAAAAGACCAGACGUGGUCGAGAUAAGAUCAGCGCCAAGGCGAGGGCAGCUGAUUCCGACAGGGCUCUGAAUCGGCGCGGCGAGGAGCCGUCUGACGACCAGGGUGCUAGCUCAUCAGAUGAGUCGGAGGGCGAGCAGGCUCGGCCGGCUAAGCGCCGGCGGGGGCAGGCGGGUGCGGUCCCGCUGACCACGGCGCAAUUUCAGGAGAUCCUGGGGACGAUUGAAGCCCAGACCAAGAGCGGGCAGCAGGCCCUGACUGAUAAGGGCUUGGCGGCCAUCAUGGAGGUGGUGAAGCGCCCGGCCACCAAGAACCCCGACAAGCCUGGCACGAAAGUGCGACAUGGGCAGAGGCAGGGGCGCCACGCAGUGCCGGUCACAAAGUGGGACCCUCAGCGCGUACAGCGUCAUGAGGUGGCGGCGCGCCUGGAGGCGUUUAAGCAGAAGGCGGCUGCUCCUGCCACGCUGGCGCAGCGCUCUUCAGUGUGGCGGGAUUUCAGCCGCUUCUGUAAGGCCAGCGGGGUGGCGGCGUCGCCGACGGCGAGGCGGGUGGCGGAGUACGUGAUGCUGAUGACUGAGCAUGGCCACCGGCUGCCGGCGAUCACGCGGGCGGUGUCGCACCUGGAGGACUGCGCGGCGGAGCGGGGGCUGCCAGCGCUCGGGUCUGACCCGCUGAUUAAGCAGGUGCUCAAGGCGGCGGCGCGCGAGGCGCAGGGCGACGCGGGGUCCCCCCGCAAGAUCCUCGACGGGCGGGGGGCUGAUGCCGCGCUCGUGUACGCCUCCAGCGCAGGCCAGGAGGCUGUGAAGGCGUCUCGCCGCAUGCUGCGGGCGGCGCAGCGGGGUGUCUAG